ACGGCGUCCUGCUGCUGGAGGAGAGGCUGCGCAUUCAUAGGCACAAUCAGACACUGGGAUUUACUUGUUCCACACACAGUUUCACUGCGUUUUAUUAGUUGUGCGCAGAGACGUGCAUGUCGGAUCAAACAAACGGGGAUCUUGUUAGGGGUGUUUAAGUUGCGCGCUAUGGCGCAUGUAAGCAAAUCCUUCUUGCCAAUCCAGCUGUGCGCCUAGAACAUAUUGGCGAAACAACUGAAACCUUUACAACAUCAGGGGAAACUGAGAAGAGGAUGACGGCUUCAUAUAACGGAUCCAACAUAACGACGAACCACACCAACCAGUUCGUCCAGCCGCCAUGGCGCAUCGCUCUCUGGUCUGUUGCCUACAGCUUCGUGCUGGCGGUGGCGGUGUUUGGAAACCUAAUUGUGAUAUGGAUCAUUCUUGCGCACAAGCGCAUGAGGACAGUGACAAACUACUUUCUGCUGAACCUGGCGUUUUCGGAUGCGUCAAUGGCUGCUUUCAAUACUUCAAUAAACUUUAUCUAUGCCGCUCACGGGGAGUGGUACUUCGGGGAAGCCUACUGCAAAUUCCACAAUUUCUUUCCAGUCACAUCUGUGUUUGCAAGCAUCUACUCAAUGGCGGCAAUAGCUGUGGACAGGUACAUGGCCAUCAUCCAUCCUCUUAAGCCUCGACUGUCAGCGAAGGUCACCACAGGGGUUAUUGUUUGUAUCUGGAGUCUAGCUAUAGUUUUGGCUUUCCCCCUCUGCUACUUCUCAACCAUCCAAACCAUCCGAAGCAUACCCCAAAGGACUGUCUGCUAUGUGGCCUGGCCCAACAGGAAGGAUGACUCCUUCAUGUAUCAUAUCAUAGUAACAGUGCUGGUGUACUUGCUGCCCUUAGUGGUGAUGGGCAUUACUUACACCAUAGUGGGGCUGACACUAUGGGGUGGUGAGAUCCCUGGAGAUUCGUCUGAUAACUAUCAUGGACAGCUCCGAGCUAAAAGGAAGGUGGUUAAGAUGAUGAUUGUUGUAGUGGUGAUGUUUGCCCUCUGCUGGCUGCCAUACCAUAUUUACUUCAUUGCAACAGGUCUCAACAAGUUUCUGAGCAAAUGGAAGUACAUCCAGCAGGUAUACCUGUCGAUCAUGUGGCUUGCAAUGAGUUCCACUAUGUACAACCCCAUCAUCUACUGCUGCCUCAACAGCAGGUUUCGAGCAGGUUUCAAGCAAGCAUUUCGUUGGUGCCCUUUUAUUAAGGUGUCCAGCUACGACGAGCUGGAACUACGGUCUACACGGCUAACCCAAACACGCCAGAGCAGUAUGUACACACUGACACGGAUGGAUAACACCAUGGUAGUAGUUUAUGACCCUGCUGAAGGUGAUGGCAGCGCUGUAGGUGGCACCGGAAGGAAGCAUUCCCUGCCUGGUAGGAAGAGAAGCUACGUCACUUCUCGGCACACAGAGAUUGCUGGUUGCAGCGACACCACUGUGAAAACACAAAAUGGAAGCGCUCCCAGCGCUCAGCCUGAAGAAUUCCCUUGAACAUGAGCAUUUCCAGAUGUGUGUGUACCACAAAACAUUUCCAUGUGUAAAGCUUUAUACGCAUGCAUUAUUACACCGCAGAUGUACAAAAAAGUGCGCACGGUGCUUGGUUAGCUUAGAAAUAGAAAUACUGAGAGCAAAAAGUUUAACUCUUGUUCAUUCAAGUUCACCCUUUGAUACAAAACACUGUAAGAAGCAUUUAAACACAGCCAUCUGUACAGCUCAUUCAGUUGAUGAUAAAAUUAUUCAGUUCUGAUGGAGAUCAGAUCAAAAGCCUGUUUUUUAUUUCACCCCAUAACAGCUGUGAACUUCACAAAGGAUGGGCGUUAAUGGCUUCAGGAGAAGCCAUGAACGAGUGGCUGCAGAGAGUCACCAGCGGAACAGCUGCUGAUGGAAUUCUUUCUAGCACUACAUGGCUCUGUGUGUAACUCUUGGUUAUGCAACUGUUUCCUGGUGACCUACAAUAAGCCAGAGGAGAAAUCCAGUUCAUUUCCACCAUGUCAAUAAACAGGCAGCUCAAUGAGCUUACUGAACACAAACUAGCCAUCUAGGAGCUAGGGUGUCAUUGUUUUAUUUAUAUUUUUCAGUCAAGUGAAAGGAAAACAAUGCAGGAAGUUGCAUGGUGACAUGCAAUAUAUAAGGAUAGCGUUGUUCCGCUACCGGUGCCACUGCUGUUUUAACGCUGUUUCCCUGUGUUGCAUGGAAAUUGUUGCUUGUGUGAACAUCAAGUGCUGAGAUGGCACCAGGCAGUACGACAACCUCUGUUGUGUUGAAUUUACAGUUUACAGUGGAAGCAUACUGUGGCAGAUCCUCAAUGACUCAGCAUUCAUCAAGUCUCAGACAUGAAAAUUUUCAUAUUUUUGGUCUAUUCAUAGAUUUUGCUGUUAAGAGAUUAGAUUUGUCGCUUGUUUUGGUAAUCAAGCAUAAUCAUAGUUUUGGUUUCCUAUUGAACAUACUGAGCUUUGGAAUAAAAAAAAAAUAGAUUUUGUGAUCAAAGCUAAAUACAGUUUUGGUAUUUUGUCAUUUAUAUUCCAUGUUGAUUAACACAUAGCGAACAGAUAUUCAGCUGUCACAUAGUGUAGAAAAUUUUUUUUAUUUUUUUUUUGUAAAUCAACCAUAAGGUACAGCCAUACAAACACAACACAAAUGUCCUUAAUUAUCCUAAAGAGAUUUGAAUGUUAAUAGACUCAUGAAAGUAUUUUCAAAGAAUGUGAAAACAUAUAUGCUGUGCAUUUUAGUGUUUUGCAUUUUUAAGUUGUCCAAUCAUUUUUAUUGAGGUUGGUUAAAUAUUGAGACGUAUUAAUCAAAGUAUUUUGCUGUUUCUGUGUGUAAAUAAUGUGUUUGUUUGAAUGUACAGCACGGUGUGUGCCUCUCUCUGUUCAGCGGUGACUAAAUUGUUUGUUGUGUCUUUAAAGUUUCUUUCAGCAUGGGUCUCUUUCUUUCUUCUUGGUGUAAAAGCAGUAUACUAUAUUUUAAACACUUAAUUAUUAUUCCUGGUAAAUGUCAAGUAAUUUGUUAAUAUGAGAAUGAAUAACUUUCUAAUUCGAUAUCCCAUUUCUUAUAUAAAGGCCUCCAAAAGAUUUCUCAUUGCUCUGCCCUGUGAGUACUAAUAUAUUUGCUUGUAGCUUUAUUGUAUAUUGGUCUUCUUCGUCGCAUUAUGAGUGUUUACAAGUGACAGAAUAUGCUUAUGAUGAAAUGUAGCUGUGACUUAUUGCAAUUUUUAAAAAGAAGUUAAAUGUAAAAAAAAACAAAAACCACUACAAAAGAUAGCCAGAAAACUUUUCAGUAUUACUGUUCGUUUAUACAAAAGAUUAUCACUGUGCUGUGCUGCAUCCAAAAAUAAUGUUUUGUGCAGUUUGCUUUGCCACAUACAGUACAUUGCAACAUUUGAUUUUGCAGUUACAAGAUUGUUUGCGCUUUAUUACUCAUCUUGCGUUAUCUUUUCAUUAUUGUGAUGAAUUUCUGUGUCGACGUAAGCCCGAGUGUUUCAAUAAUUUAAACAUGUCCUUUUGUAAAAAAUUAGCUUACUCAAUUUUGAGAAGUGGGCUACCACCUUAGCACAAAAAAUAAACGAGAAACAAUGUACUUGCUGGCAAUCAGAGAUUAAAAAACACGUCAAACUAUAUUUGAUGUAUGCAUGUGUAAUGCUAAACAUUACUCUCUGCAGACAUAAUCGCUGCACAGCACAGACCUUAGUUCUACUCUCUGUCAUUAUGUCAGUUUUGGUGCCUGCAGCUACUAAACAAUAAUUCACAUCUAUUUUGUGGUUUAGCAGCUUCUGUCUGAUGGUGAAAUCCAGUGCAAAGAUCAGUCCCUAUGAAAGGAAAAAUCGACAGCACAAUGUUACAGAUUUUAACAUUAAAUUCAACUUUAA